AUGGAACCAUUGCGUCCUCAAGCAAAUGAUGCCUCGUCAACCGCGCCGAGCCGGCCGGCAAUGGCGGCGGCGGAUCUGAUCGCAGAACCGACUGGCGCGCCUGUAAAGAUCCCAACAACCACCCAUGCAUCCAUGACUACAGCCACGAGCGCAAACAAUGAUGCUACAAGAGCCGCUGCUCAACCCACACCUGCUCCACGGACUAGCUUCUCGCCUACGAGGCCGCCCUACAUGCCCCAAUUCACGGCAGCGACCCAGAUGAUUCUGAAGCGAAUGCGCGGGGAGUCGACGAGUCUCAGCUCCACCCUCGCAUCUACCGUCGCUACAGACCGGACACCGAUCAACGCUUCGACGUACGAGGAUGUAAAGCGCCGCCUGCUUACCAGCAUGAACACGUCUUCCAACAUGACUCUCCAGAUGCCCACCCUCCCGACACCCAUCUCCAGCGUCGGAAUAGGCACCGCAUCGAGCGCGACAAUGGCCAUACCUAUGCCUGCCGCUCCGGCUCCAAGACCAGCUGGUAGAAUGUCCGCUAUUCAAAAGGUCAACGCUGGACUGACGGCAUCAGGGAAGCCAACCCCGUCUGCUGCUGCGAAGAGGGCCGCUGCCGAAGCCAAGCAGGCGUCUGCCGCCACUAAUAGCAAGAGGAUCAAGCUCUCUGGCAGUUCACGUGUCGGUGGAGGGAAGCGCAAGAGAGGCAAAGGGGGUGACGCGGAGGAAACAAGCUCUCUCUCGUCUCUUAGCGAUGAGGAGCUUGACGACACGAACACCGCGACUACAACGCCUACCACGACGACAAAGUCGGGCAGGCAGGUGCUCAAGCCUACUACGUACAACCCUGCAGCCAUGGACUCGGCGACGAAAAAGCGUGCUCACUAUGGCAAGCGCACCCCCGGAGAAGCGAUGUGCAAGCUCUGCACGCGGCUGGCUUUCACAGACGCGAACCAGAUCGUCUUCUGCGACGGAUGCGAAGGUGCCUGGCAUCAGCGGUGCCACGAGCCGCAUAUUGAGCCGGACGUAAUCAAUAACCCAAACGCGAAGUGGUUUUGCUCCGCUUGUCUGGUGAAGAAGGAACGACAUUCCGCAAACAAGAAGAUCAAGGUCGAACCAUUACCAGUGCAGCCCCCGCCGCCGAAGUUCGUGGCAUGGGUAAACCGGACAGCAGGACAGAAACGAGCCUACCUCAACGGACUUUCACAGGCAGCGCUUAUCGACAUGGUCAUGCAUGCCCUCGAGCUGCAGCCUAAUCUUACCAUCUUUCCAAACCCGGAGAGUAGUGCAACCGCCAUCACGAGUACCGCACGCUCCCUGUUUGCGGGUUCAACCACCGACGGCCUUUUCGCUCGCGCAGAAGCCAGCCCUAACGGGCCAGUCAAUUUUAUUCGCAAGGUUCCAGGCACCGUACAGAACGGAAGUGGUGGCAUAUUCUUAGGAUCUUCAAUGUACAGGGACAUGGGCCUCAAAAUUGAGGACGAGGAGAAGCUCACGGGCUACACACCGUUUGAUCCGGAAGAAGAAGACCCCUACGGUCUGAAAAAGUCGUGGCCGAGACCAGGAAAAGGACCGCACGACAGGAUUCUGUUUGGAGGCGAUGACCUCCUUGUGGACAAGGAUGACUAUGAAGCCUUCAGCCAUGUCAUAUACAACUUGAACGGUCGCAAAGUCGAAGAGAACGGCAUGGCUGUGUAG